AAAACAGAACGAAGCAGGAGCCCGUUUGAACGUCCCAAAUUCCUUCGAGAAUCUGAAAAUGGAGCAGCGGGAGGAGGAAGACAACUUACAGCAGACUGUCCACAAAAAGAGCAAGACCAUUAUCAAGAUACCCUCUUAUCAAGAAGUCCUCGAAAUCUCACAACCGAAACCCCAAUCCUUCUCCCAAGCCUUUUCUUUCCUCAAAUCCUCUGAAUUCUACUCUCCUCCUCCAAACCCAGCCUCUGCCUCCUCUUCCCAGCCCCUUCCGCCUUCUCAAAUCACGAACCCAAGGAAAAAUGAUCAAUUAGAGACUUCAUCUUCUUCGACUUCAGCUUCAGCUUCUGCAGCUGCUCCAACUAAUAGCUUGUCCGGGUCGAGCUCCGCUACUCGCAAUGCCAUUCUUGUGAGCAAUAGACAGAGGGGAAAUCCCCUUCUCAAACAUAUCAGGAACGUGAGAUGGACUUUUGCGGAUAUUGUGCCUGAUUACUUACUUGGGCAAAGCUCUUGUGCUCUCUAUCUAAGUCUCCGGUAUCAUCUACUGCAUCCUGAUUACCUGUAUUACCGUAUAAGAGAAUUGCAAAAAAAUUUCAAGCUUUGUGUUGUCCUUUGUCAUGUUGAUGUGGAGGAUGUUGUCAAACCGUUACUUGAAGUCACUAAAACAGCUCUACUUCACGAUUGUACCCUUCUAUGUGCUUGGAGUUUGGAGGAGUGUGGUCGCUACUUGGAGACAAUAAAAGUUUAUGAAAACAAGUCCGCAGAUAUUAUUCAAGGCCAGAUGGACACUGACUAUCUCUCACGGCUAACUCAUGUCUUAACAUCAGUUCGGCAUGUUAACAAGACUGAUGUUGUCACCCUUGGAACGACAUUCGGGUCCCUGUCUCAUAUCAUGGAUGCAUCCAUGGAAGAUCUAGCUCGUUGCCCUGGCAUAGGUGAGCGCAAGGUAAGGCGGCUGUACGACACUUUCCAUGAGCCUUUCAAGCGUGUUGUUUCGACUCACCCUGAUGUUCCAGAAACCCCUGCCGAGAAGAAUACCGAACCACUCUCAACGGGCGAAGAUGUGGAUGGGAAGAAAACAGAAGAUGCUGGCAAACUCAAGAAAGAACCCGACUUAACCAUCAAAUCAGCUUUGUCUGCUGCUUUUGCCAAAUAUGGUAAUAAAAUUGGUAAAAGUAAUAGCAGGUCACAAGGAGAGGAAAAAGAAGAAACAAGUGUGCCCUUGAAUUCAGAACCUGAAAGUAGCAACUUACAGUAACGUCAUCCUAAACUCACAAGCUUUUGACCAUCCAAAUCCAUGAAGACCAAUAGCAUAAAUAUGUCUGAAGUCUUACUGUUGUUCCUGAUGCUGCUUGAUCACUUCCUACAUGUCCACAUGUCCUUCAGCAACACAAAUGAAAUCGAAAUGAACUCGUGUUUUGUUUUUAGGUGUGAGCAAGCUUGGCCGAAUACUUACAGAUAUUAAAAAAAAAAAGUGACUCUGCUGUUAGUUGAAAUGAAAGAUAGGAAGUAAUUAAGUUUUGGGUACUAGGUGACUCUAGAGUAGUUUGAAAUCUACAUGUAAAUUAUGUUUGCCUUUCUUCUUUCUUCUUUGUUUGUAGCUGUAAUUUUUCUUGGACAAGUGAAAACUAAGAUCAUCUUUUUCCUCAAUAAACGUCUUCUUUUUAGACACA